GGGGAAAGAAGAAAGCGGGGCGCAAGAAGUCGCCUAAUUCUAAUUCGAGAAUUGGAUUAGGCGCUUCUUCGUCCCACACCACACCAGGCCACAUUCCUCUGUAAAUAAUACAGUGCUAGCAUAAAAUUAAAUUGACGGUCGAUCGGAUCGAGAUCGAGCAUGGAUGGGUUGGUUGGGCUGUUGAAGGUGCGUGUGGUGCGUGGGAUCAACCUUGCAUACCGCGACGCAAGAGGCAGUGAUCCAUACGUUGUCCUUCGCCUCGGCAAGCAGAAACUGAAGACAAGCGUGAAGAAGCGAUCUGUGAACCCUAUCUGGCAUGAGGAGCUAACCCUGUCGAUCACGAACCCGAAUGCACCAAUCAAGCUUGCGGUGUUUGACAAGGACACCUUCAGCAAGGACGACCCAAUGGGGAACGCGGAGAUCGAGGUGCUGCCAUUGACGGAGGUCCUGGACCUGGACACCGAGAGCAUCCGCAACGGCGCGGUGGUGCGGUCGGUCCCGCCGAGCAGCCGGAACUGCCUCGCCGAAGAGAGCCACGUGUGCUGGAAGAACGGGAAGUUCGUCCAGGAGAUGAUCCUGCGCCUCAGGAACGUCGAGAGCGGCGAGAUACAGCUGCAGCUGCAGUGGGUCAGUAUCAAGAAGUGACCAUGCCGAACCAAUCUUAUAGCAUCUCGAUCCAUACAUCCAUCCAUCCGCCCCGCCCGUUGCACAAGUCGGAUUGUAUGUAACCAGCAGCAAACUCAUCCGAUCGUUAGACCCUGCUGUGCUGCUGUGCUGUGUAGUUAGGAAAGAAAACGGAUUUCUGAACGUCGGUGAGAGCAUCGCGGGGGAAGACUUGGCUUCGAGGUCUAGUGAUGUGGUGUCCGAGUUGAUCUUCGUGAACGAUAUGUACGCAGUUGCCAGUGCUCCAAGACAAUGGCUUUUUCGGGUCUGAUCGAGUCCCGCUAUCCACUCGCCAUCUCCUCUUAAACAUUCAAGGACGGGUAAUGCGUUGGCAAAGAAUGCCCGGCUGAAGUUGUUGCUCUUUCGUGGUGAUCGGUAAUUGUUAUGACGCGACUAGACGAUUGAUUUAGGGCGGGUCCUUUGUGUUGUGUUUGUAAUUGUUGUGGUGGCUAAUUUGUUGAUUAGCUUGGUGUGAAGUUUUUUUUUUUUUUUUGAACUUCUUGCUACAUUUAUUGUUCGGAAAAAACUCUAGUUUCUUGUAUUCCAACGUUUGUCCUCUAUAAAAACAUGACACACCUAAGCGUACU